AUGUGCGGACUCGAACCCGAAAUGCGAAGGCUCUCAGCAUCCCAUUUCAACACAUUGCGGCUUAGGGCUCAAUGCGAAAUCGAUGCGCACUUGCUUUGCGAGCUGCUUCUUUAUGCAGAGCUCUCCGCUAUAGCAGCAGCAGCAGCUCCGAUUGCCGGCGGUUCCUCUGUUUCGAAGUCCGCCAAUCCUGUUGCUUCUUUGUUGCAGCAGCGUCAUCUUAUCAGGGCUCUUUGCGCACUGCCACCACAUCAGAUUUCUCUGUCUCUGCAGGAGUUGUCCAGACAGCAGAGACGCCCCUCCGCGAGCUUCUGGAUAGCUGCUGCAGAGGCCCUGUUGGGGCACAAUGCUGCUGCUGACAGCAGCAACAGCUUGCCACUUUUGAAACUGCACCUGGAGGACUGCAGCACAAUAGCUAAUGCCUUUGCAUCUGCUUCUCAGCCUCAUGACGCCCUCUUUGCUGCUCUUAACGGCAGGUUUGCCGCUGCCGCCAAUGCAGCAGCAACCGCUGAUUCCUCUACCCGACAUAGUAGCAGCUACAAUGAAUCAACAGCUGCUACGGCCUCUGCAACUGCAGGACUGAACUCGCGCAAUGUUUCCGUGUAUCUGAAUGCCCUCGGGAACCUUCGAAUGCGGAAGGCUGCUUCCGAGCUUCUAGAUAUCCUCGACAGCCGCGGCACAACUAACAGCAGCAGCCUUUGGCCUGCGUUGAUUUCUGGAUGCAGCGGCUGCGAUCUUUCCAUGGUGUUUUCGGCACUUGCAAAGCUGCAGCUUAUCGACCUGCCUCUACUCCAGCACAUGUUGAUGCGUCUUCAGCAGCAACUGCAGCAGCAGCUGCAAAAGGAACAGAAGCAGCAGCAACUGCACGUACUGGAUGGCCGCAGUGCUGCAAACAUUUGGGCUUCCUUGGGGCAGGUGCAGAGCUUUCUGCAGCAGCAGCGGUACCAGCUGUUGCAUCAGCUGCUUCCGCAGCUGAGUGCAGUGCUGCGGCUACACAUGCUGUCAGGGCAGAUGACUGCCAUGGAGGUUUCCAUUGUGGCGAACAGUCUGCCCAAGUUGGCAUUCUGGUUGCAGCGGGAUACUGAGCAGAAGUUGCUGCUGCAUGCAAUUGCGUGGCAUGUGCGAACGUUCGGUAGUACAUACACCUCACAGGGCCUAACCCUGGUGCUACAUGCCUUUGUCAAACUGCAACACCCCGCACCGCUGCUGUUUGCUGCUACUGCACCUUUGCUGCUGCGGCUGCUGCCCCGCUUUAAGCCGCAAUGUUUUGCCGCCGCUUCCCUAGCAUACAGCAGCAACUGCUGUUGCCUUCCGCAGCAGCAAGUGCAGCAGUUGUUGCUGCGCAUCUGUGGGGAGCUUGAGGCACGUGCUGCUGCUGCAGCUGCAUCCCCAGCUGCAGCAGCAACCCGAACGUCACCAGCUGCAAGCGCAGGAGCAGGAGCAGCGCCGCUGCCUGCUUUUGCUGCGCAACAGAUAUGUGGUAUUCUUGGUGCCAUGGCGCAUGCAGGCUGCUGCAGCCCGGGAGCCUUCGACGUUCUGUGUCGGCAGUUGCUGAUACUGCAUCAGCAGGGCCUGCUGGCACCGCGUGAUAUCGCAGAAGCGGCUGCUGCUAUGGGGGCGCUCAAACGGCUGCAUGCACCGUUGCUCAGGCUGCUUGUUGCAGCCGCCGUGGCAGACGCCGCCCGGUUUGGUCCACCAGACAUUGUCAAAGUGCUUGGCGCUGUGUCGAGCUUCGCCAGUGACACAAACAGCAGCUGCCCUCCAGCUGCCCUCGCUGCGAAUUCGAUUUGGCAGCGCGAAGGCGCUGCGCUCGUAAAGGCGAUAGCGGCCGGUGCGACUGCCUUCAGUGCACCUGACGGACAAGUUGCUAGCGAAAUUUGCGCAUACAGCAGGGUAUCAAGGACGACGGCUGCAGCAGCUGCAGGGUGGGAUGCGGAGUCUGCGUGCCGACUUUUACAAGGGUGCUACAAGCUGCAAAUUGCUGAGCCUCGACUGACUGACUGGGCAUGGCAGACUGCGUUCUUCAGCCGCAGCACCCCGAGCCUCGCUGCAGCAGCUGCGGCGCUCAGUGCGGCGGCCUCAGCCGCAGCAGAUGCGGAGUUGACUGCAGCAAGCGCAGCGGCAGUAGGGGCAGCGGCAGUGAAUUCGGCAGCAGUGACCCAUGCGUCCAUAGCUGCGGCAGCUCUUGUUCGCCUAGGCGCCCAUACCCGCCACUCCGACGCUUUCCUCACUCUUCUCUCUACCCGUGUGUACCUGCUGCUGCAGCAGCAACGGGUCCUGCAGUUGGCGAGAGUUCAGCAGCAGCAGCACCGCACAGGUAUGCAAUCGCUAGCCCUAUUGUUUCUAUCGUGGGGAGCUGCGCGUCUCCACAAUCCCAGGCUCUUGGACGGUAGGAAUGCAGCACAAGGAUGCACGGCACCAGCAGCAGAAGGACAAUUCCUAUCGGCCCUAGACUAUUUGCUAUCGCAGCAGCAACAGCCUGGCGAGUGGCAGGACAGACAGGCUACAGCACGGCAGUUGCUGGUGGGUAUCGCCUGCUGUUGGCAUGCUUAUACGUCUACGUGGCCUCCAGCAGUAGGAGCGGCAGCGGGUGCUGCUCCUAUUCCUCUGCAGCUCCUGAAAGUGCUGUCGCAAACUGUUCAGUUGGCUGACUCCCUCCGGUGCCCAUCUACUCUGCCACAGGCACAGCACCAGCAGCUGUCGCGCCUGCACUAUGGCGUUUGUGAUACUUCAGCCCUCGAUGAAGGAACCUCAGAGCUGCACAUCGAGGUAGCAGCAGCCUUGACGCAGCUGCAGCAGCGACAGCAGCAACACUGCUAUAAGCCGAAAUGGCAAAUGCUCACCGAGCAGGAAGCCGGGGUCUACCGGAUUGAUUUGCUGCUGUCCCCUGUCAAAAACAAUUAA